AUGCCCGUCCACCACCUCAUGGUCGGCACCUGGACGCCGCCUGGUGCCAUCUUCACCUUUGCCUUUGACGAUGAGGCUCUCACGCUGAAGCUCGUCAAGCGCACCGCCAUCCCCGAGGACGAGCCCAUCUCCUGGAUGACCUUUAACCAUGACAAAACGGCAAUUUACGGCGCGGCCAUGAAGAAGUGGUCGUCGUUUGCCGUUCAUGAUGCCACGACCAUUGAGCAUCAAGCCUCGCACCCAAUGCUUCACGACCCCGCUGCUGCCUCCCCCGACGCCAACACGCGCGCCAUCUUCCUCCUCGCCGCGCGCCAGCCCCCGUACUCCGUCUACUGCAACCCCUUCUACCGACACGCCGGCCACGGCACCGUCUUCUCCACCUCCGCCUCCACCGGCGCGCUCCUCUCCUCCCCUCCCGCCCGGCACUACCCCUACCAGCCCGACAGCGGCGUCCACGGCAUGGCCCUGCACCCCUCCGACGAGCGCUUCCUCUACUCCGCCGACCUCCCCGCCAACAAGCUCUGGGUGCACCACCUCCCCGACCCGGCCGCCGCCCCGAACCUCGUCGCCGCCAUCGACGCCCCCGACGCGCGCGACCACCCCCGCUGGGUCGCCCUGCACCCCUCCGGCGCGCACCUCUACCUGCUGAUGGAGAAGGGCAACCGCAUCUGCGAGUACGCCCUGGACCCGGCCACCAAGGUCCCCGCGUACACGGGCCGCCACUUCCCGCUCAUCCCGCCGGGCGUGCCGGACCGGUGGACCAUGUACCGCGCGGACGUGUGCGCCGUGUCGCACUCCGGGCGGUACCUGUUCGCGAGCAGCCGCGCCAACAGCGCGGAGUUGACCGGCUACGUGGCGGCGUUUAAGCUGGCGGACGAUGGCCGCAUUGAGAGGCAGAUCCUGCUGAACCCGACGCCGACGAGCGGCGGGCACAGCAAUGCGGUGGCGCCGGCGGACUGGACGGACGAGUGGCUGGCGCUGACGGAUGAUGAGCAGGGGUGGUUGGAGGUGUAUCGUUGGCAGGACGAGUUCCUGGCGCGCGUGGCGAGGGUGCGCGUGCCGGAGCCCGGGUUCGGCAUGAACGCCAUCUGGUACGACUAA